GCCAAAGUCAACAAUGAGCAUCAGCAAGGAAGAUGUGGAGAAGUUCCUUGAUGAAAACCUGUCUUUUGCCCAGCAGUACUUUGACAAAAAGCUCAGACCUGAGGCUAUUUCCAAUGUCCUAGGCAGGGCUGAGCCCCUGGUGGAUUUUGCAUCUUUCAGGGAACUCAGUCAGGUGGAGGAGAGCGAGAUUCUGUUUGAACUCAUUCGAGACAUGCAGGAAAGCAUCAAUAUGGAGAAAGUUGUCUUCAAGACGCUGAAGAGAAUCAGCUUCCUCAUCCAUGCAGACAGAUGCAGUCUCUUUAUGUACCGCCAAAGGAAUGGCAUAGCUGAGCUGGCCACCAGGCUCUUUAAUGUCAAUAAUGAUGCAAAUUUGGACGAUUGUCUGGUCCAGCCAGAUUCAGAAAUUGUCUUCCCUCUGGAUAUGGGCGUAGUAGGAAACGUUGCCCAAACCAAGAAAACCGUAAACAUCAAAGAUGUCAAAGAGUCCAGCCACUUCAGCUCUUUUGUGGAUACCCUCACAAACUAUGAAACAAAAAGCAUACUGGCUACUCCCAUCAUGAACGGCAAAGACAUUGUAGCAGUAAUCAUGGCUGUGAACAAGAUAGAGGGUUCUGGCUUCUCUCAGGAGGAUGAAGAUCUUUUUCUGAAGUAUUUAAAUUUUGCCUCAUUAAACCUCAAAAUCUACCACCUGAGUUACCUGCACAACUGUGAGACACGUAAAGGACAGGUCCUGUUGUGGUCUGCUAACAAGGUAUUUGAAGAGUUGACAGAUAUUGAGAGACAGUUUCACAAAGCCUUGUACACAGUGAGGGCAUACCUAAACUGUGACAGAUACUCAGUAGGGCUGCUGGACAUGACAAAGGAAAAGGAAUUCUUUGACCUGUGGCCUAUCCUAAUGGGUGAAGUUCCACCAUACUCCGGACCUCAGACACCAGAUGGGAGGGAAAUCAUCUUCUACAAAGUAAUUGACUAUAUUCUCCAUGGAAAAGAGGACAUUAAAGUUAUUCCGAAUCCUACACCAGAUCACUGGGCACUUGCUAGCGGACUACCUACAUAUGUUGCAGAAAGUGGUUUUAUCUGUAACCUUAUGAACGCACCUUCAGAAGAUAUGUUUAAAUUUCAGAGUGAACCGCUAGAUGACAGUGGUUGGACAAUCAAGAAUGUCCUGUCUUUGCCCAUCGUGAACAAGAAAGAAGAAAUUGUUGGUGUGGCCACUUUCUACAACAGGAAAGAUGGCAAGCCAUUUGAUGAACAGGAUGAAACACUCAUGGAGUCUCUUACUCAGUUCCUCGGCUGGUCAGUACUCAACACAGACACUUACGACAAGAUGAACAGGCUGGAGAAUCGUAAAGACAUUGCUCAAGACAUGGUGCUCUACCAUGUGAAAUGCCGCAAUGAUGAAAUCCAAAAUAUUUUGAAAACAAGAGAGGUCUAUGGAAAAGAGCCUUCAGAAUGUGAGGAGGAUGAACUUGCCAGCAUCCUGAAAAAGGAACUUCCCGGACCUACCAAAUUUGAGAUUUACGAGUUUCACUUCUCAGACUUUGACUGCACAGAACUGGACUUGGUCAAGUGUGGUAUCCAGAUGUACUACGAGGUCGGGGUGGUGAAAAAGUUUCAAAUUCCUCAAGAGGUGUUGGUGAGGUUUAUGUACUCAGUGAGUAAAGGUUACAGGAAGAUCACCUACCACAACUGGCGCCAUGGUUUCAAUGUUGGACAAACCAUGUUCACUUUACUAACAACUGGGAAGCUGAAGCGGUAUUACACAGAUUUGGAGGUUAUGGCUAUGAUUACAGCUGGUUUCUUGCAUGAUAUCGAUCACAGAGGAACUAACAACCUGUACCAGAUGAAAUCUCAAAACCCACUGGCAAAACUUCACGGGUCAUCAAUACUAGAGCGGCACCAUUUGGAAUUUGGCAAAUUUUUGCUUUCAGAAGAGAGUUUAAACAUUUACCAAAACCUGAAUAGGAGGCAGAUGGACCAUGUGAUUCAUCUCAUGGAUAUUGCCAUUAUUGCAACUGACUUGGCACUUUACUUCAAAAAACGAACAAUGUUCCAGAAGAUUGUAGAUUUGUCCAAAACAUAUGAAGAUGACAACAAAUGGGUCGAGUUCCUGUCAUUGGAGACCACCAGGAAAGAGAUUGUAAUGGCCAUGAUGAUGACAGCAUGCGACUUAUCUGCUAUUACAAAACCUUGGGAGGUCCAGAGUAAGGUCGCGCUUUCAGUAGCAGCAGAAUUCUGGGAACAGGGUGACUUGGAAAGAACUGUUUUAGAUCAGCAGCCCAUUCCUAUGAUGGAUAGAAACAAGGCAGCAGAACUCCCAAAGCUACAGUGUGGUUUCAUCGACUUUGUCUGCACGUUUGUGUAUAAGGAGUUCUCCCGUUUCCACGAGGCAAUUCUGCCUAUGUAUGAUGGCCUGCUGAACAACAGAAAAGAGUGGAAAGCACUGGCUGAGGUUUACGAUGAGAAAAUGAAGGCCAUUGAAGAAGAGAAGAAAAAGAAAGAAGAGGCCGAGGCAGCAAAAGCACAAGCUGCGGCAGGAGGUGGUGGGGGAGGAACACAGUCAAAGACCUGCUCAAUAUGCUAAACCGGGCUGCUCUCUGGGGUAUACAGGCCUUCCCCAGCACAAUAAAGACCUAAACCCUCAAACUGAAUGAAUCAGGGAAACUUACUCACUGCAAGCUGCAGGACCUGCUCCAGAACCCUGUGGGGGAUCCGUUAGAAUUAUGGCAGCCAAGAUGGCACUUAAAGCAUCACACCAGACACCCUCGGUUUACAUUUUUAUCAGUACUUUUUUCCAUUUAAGAUGAAGGAGGAAGGUGGGUGCCAUGACAAGAGCUUUAGAAACUAAAGGAUUUAUUUAUUUAAUGUGUACUUUCCCUAGCUGUUCAAUUUACUCAAAUGUCACAACCUACCUGUCAAGGACGAGACCUCUCAGAAUGAAACUUGUGGUUACUAAUGAAGAUUUGCCAGCUCACUGGCAUUUGCAAGUUUGUAAUUACAAUAGAGUUAGAAAUCCACGCUUUCAAGUAAAACCUGUACACUGAAAUUAUAACAAUUCUCAGCAGCACCAAAUUUGAAGUAGUUUACAGUCAAAGUGGUUAGUCUCUUGGCUAAAUCAAUAAGCAGGAAUUACUGUGGUUUUACCUUUUCAGACUUUUUUCUAUUUAUCCCAAAUUGCUCUUCUGCUGAUGCAGGCUACACAUCAUAAUCAUGCAGAAACUUGA